CAGCUGGGAAGAUGCCGCAGCGUGAAGGAGUUCGAGAAGCUGAAUCGGAUCGGAGAGGGCACCUACGGCAUAGUGUACCGGGCCCGGGACACGUUGACAGAUGAGACCGUGGCACUGAAGAAGGUGCGGAUGGACAACGAGAAAGAUGGAAUGCCCAUCAGCAGCCUGCGGGAGAUCACCCUGCUCCUGCAGCUUCGGCACCCCAACAUCGUGGAGCUGAAGGAGGUGGUUGUAGGGAACCACCUGGAGAGCAUUUUCCUGGUGAUGGGCUACUGCGAGCAGGACCUAGCCAGCCUUCUCGAGAACAUGCAGACGCCUUUUUCAGAGGCUCAGGUGAAGUGCAUCAUCCUGCAAGUCCUCAAGGGCCUGCAGUACCUUCACGAGAACUACAUCAUCCACAGGGAUCUGAAGGUGUCCAACCUGCUCAUGACUGACAAAGGCUGCGUGAAGAUAGCCGAUUUUGGACUGGCACGCACCUACGGGAUGCCACCGAAGCCGAUGACCCCCAAAGUCGUCACGCUCUGGUACCGAGCGCCCGAGCUGCUGCUGGGGAUGACGACUCAGACCACCAGCAUCGACAUGUGGGCUGUGGGCUGCAUCCUCGCCGAGCUGCUGGCCCACAAGCCGCUGCUGCCGGGCACCUCCGAGAUCCACCAGAUCGACCUCAUCGUGCAGCUCCUGGGGACGCCCAACGAAAACAUCUGGCCGGGUUUCUCCAGGCUGCCCCUGGUGAGUCAGUACACCCUGCGGAAGCAGCCCUACAACAACCUCAAGCACAAGUUCCCCUGGCUGUCGGAAGCCGGGCUGCGGCUGCUCAACUUCCUCUUCAUGUACGAUCCCAAGAAGCGGGCGACGGCGAAAGACUGCCUGGAGAGCUCCUACUUCAAGGAAAAACCUCUGCCCUGCGAGCCGGAGCUCAUGCCCACCUUCCCCCACCACCGCAACAAGCGGGCGGCCAGCACCAGCGCGGGGCCGGAGAGCCAGGCGAAACGCGCCAAGCCCUGAGCCCCAGCCCGCGGGAGGAGG